AUGUAUAUAGAAGUUUUCAUUUACGUCUCAUCACUUGCAGUUGCAGAAUAAUUGUAAUGGGACAAUUUUGUUAUCUUCUGGAAGACCAUCAACAACAAAAAACUAAUUUUAGGCAAGUGUUGCUGAAACUCUGUGAUACGGAUUUUUCGGCACAGUUUGCAUGUGGUAGGUGAAGUAUGCCACGAGACAAUCUUCUUUUUGGAGUAGGUCUAUUCCCGAAUGGCCUUUUUAAUAACAACAUCCCUAGAAACAACAUGAAUGGUGCAGGUCCUACUCUGCUCAAUAACAACAAUCCAAAUUAUGUGAAUGCUAACCAAUUAGCCACUGUGAGAGACAGAAUGUUUCAUGCCAUUUUUCAUAGAAUGGCUGUGGCUUAUGCCCGAACAUUUCCAAAACCCAUCAGAAGACUUUUGGAGUGGCUCUUUCUUUUGAAGGCUUUAGCUGCUUUCCUAAUGCUCCUGUACAUACACAUAAUUUUUUCACGAUCCCCCAUUACCUGUCUGGAUCACAUUAAAGCUGACUGGCCACGAGAUGGCAUUGUAAGAAUUGACAUUACCCGAAGUGGAGAUUAUAAUCAUCCAGAUAGAGAGGAUUACUCAUUACAUCAUUCUUAUGCAAAAGAGCAAAGGAUACAUCAAAGAGAACAAUUUGAAUAUCAAGCCAUGUUUGGGUUCUGGACUGGGCCACAGAGUUCCUCAUCUGAAUCCAUAGAAACCGAACCAGCACUUGAAGAGACGGAAUCAACGUCAACAGAAAUUUACUAUAAUGAAACUUUAAAGAGCAAUAUCACGAAUUUGGAAAACGAACAAAUCGAAACAGUGCUCCCCACAGAAGUGACGGAGCUCGACAAAAUCAUAAGAGCAACAGUGUGGCCACCGGAAGAGUAUAUAGUCGAAUUUUCUUUGGAAUACGGGUUUUUGCGUUUAAGUCCUGCCACGCGACGGAAAUUGAAUAUAACUAUUUUGCUGGUAACACUGGACCCUGUUAAUAAUAGUUGCUUCGGUGACAGUUUUGGCCGGUUUUUACUUGACGAAUUCCUCGGUUACAACGACUUCAUCAUGGGGGCGGUCAAGGCUUUGGCUGAAGCAGAGGACAGCCAGGGUUAUUUGAGAAACGUAGUGACGGGUGAACAUUAUCGUUUUGUCAAUAUGUGGAUGGCUCGUACAUCGUAUAUUGCGUCCGCCUUUGCCAUGGUGAUCUUUACCCUGUCAAUAUCGAUGUUGUUGCGGUAUUCACGGAAUCAGAUCUUCAUUUUUAUUGUCGACUUGCUGCAGAUGCUGGAGUUCAACGUGAACGUCACAUUUCCGGUAGCUUCCUUUUUCACCGUCAUCCUGGCACUAGUUGGGAUGGAAGCUAUCAUGGCGGAAUUCUUCAACGAUAGUUCGACCGCCUUUUACGUCAUCAUCUUCGUUUGGGUGGCAGAUCAGUACGACGCUGUUUGCUGUCACACUGCUGUUACAAAACGUCACUGGCUUAGGUUUUUCUACCUGUAUCACUACGCCUUUUACGCGUACCACUACCGCUUCAAUGGACAAUACAGCGGCUUGGCUUUGGUGACUUCGUGGCUCUUCACACAGCAUUCAAUGCUCUACUUCUUUCAUCACUACGAGUUGCCGCUGAUCCUGCGCCAGGUCCAACUGCAAAACAUGUUGAUCCGGACUAGCAACAGCUCGUCCCCUAGCGGUUCUUCGAGUACGGCAACAGCCGCCUCGGCUCCAACAGUUGACGGCGUCAUGGAACGGAACGCUGAAAGCAUAUCGGAAGUGGACAGUGAGGCUGCGGUCGAUUUUGAGACGAUCGACCGCGAUUCAGACUCGCCAGCACCCGAAACCCCCUCUGACGAUUCGGAAAUGGAAUCCAUUGUAGAUGGAGCGCCCGCGGAUGUCGAUCCCCCGUCCAGCAGUGGAGAUGGCAUUAGUAGCAGCAGCAGCAGCAGUAGUAGUAGUAGUAUCACCACCGCCACAACUACGACGACAGCCACGGGCACCACCACCGGUGGCGUAGAAACACUGCCAACGACCCCACAUCCGUUAGAUUCGCCUGAUGCCCGACAUCCUCUACGUGAUCUAUCGUUUUCACUGCUGCGAUAAAUCUAUUUUUUAGCUAAUAAAAUACCCAUCUUAUUGAACAUAACCGAGAAUGGUUGUAUGCGAAUGAA